AUGGCUCUCAUACGCCUCUUGCAGCGUAGACCAGACGGCGGCAUCGUCUUCCGCGAAACGACCAAUAGCGAUGUUCCCGCAUACGCAAUACUUUCACAUACUUGGGGAGAGGAGGAGGUCAUUUUCCAAGACAUGAAAGGCGGCGUGGACAUGAGCAAGGCUGCUAGCAAGGCUGGAUGGAAGAAGAUACAGUUCUGCGCGAGGCAGGCCGCGGCUGAUGGACUGCAGUACUUCUGGAUAGACACCUGCUGCAUCGACAAGACGAACGCGGUCGAGCUCAGCGCGGCGAUCAACUCUAUGUUUCGAUGGUAUCAAGACGCCGCGCGCUGCUACGUCUACCUUCCUAAUGUUUCUAAAGCCGACAGUAUGGACGAUGAAAGCGCAUGGAAAGAGGCACUUAGGAAGAGCCGAUGGUUCACUCGAGGUUGGACGCUUCAAGAGCUCAUCGCACCAAAGCUGGUUGACUUCUUUAGCUCAGAGGGUGCGCGACUUGGGAGCAAGUCAUCACUAGAGUCUGAGAUACACGAGAUUACUGGCAUUGCAAAGAUUGCUCUCCGAGGCGAUGCACUGUCGAGUUUCAGCAUCAAGGAGCGGAGGUCCUGGGCAGAGCGCCGCAGUACUACGAUUGAAGAGGACGAAGUCUACUGUUUAUUUGGGAUUUUCGAUAUUUCUAUGGCGCUGAUCUAUGGAGAGGGAAGGGACCGAGCAUACCGGCGGCUGGAGGAAGAGAUUCACAAGUUGUACAAGGGUGUUGAUUCCGAACAAUAUGCCGUCGGGCUUAACCUUGCAUCGAUCCCUGAAGCCGCACAAUUUGUGGCCAGAGAGCAGGAGCUGUCGAAGAUGCACGAGCUGCUCCACGGCCACAGUAGCCGAGCGGCAGUCGUUCUUCACGGCUUGGGAGGGAUAGGAAAGACUCAACUAGCAGUCGAAUACAUCAGACGGCAUAAGGAGAAGCACACGGCGAUCUUCUGGCUAAAUGCGAAUGAUGAGGAUUCCCUCCAGCUCAGCUUCCAUAGCAUCGCGCAGCAAGUCCUACAAUCUCACCCCUCGAACAAAAUGCUCGGCAGCGUGGACUUAGAAGGAGACCUUAAUCGGGUAGUUAUUGCAACUAAAGCCUGGCUUAAUCUCCAUGGAAAUACACGUUGGCUCUUAAUUUACGAUAAUUACGAUAACCCUCGAAUUUCAAAUAAAUCCAACCGUUCGACAGUCAACAUACGUCAAUAUCUGCCGGAAAGUGACCAAGGAUCCAUUAUCAUUACGACACGCUCAGCGAGAGUCACUCAAGGUCGGCGUCUCCAUGUUCAGAAACUGACCGGCCUAGAGGACGGCCUCAAGAUCUUGGCGAACACGUCUGGAAGGGAAGGUAUCACAAACGAACUCGCCUCGAAGCUUGAUGGCCUGCCUCUGGCUCUUGCCACGGCUGGGGCUUACCUCGAGCACGUGACCGACAGCUUCGCGGAGUAUCUCCGGCUGUACGAGGAAUCAUGGGUAGACCUCCAGGCAACGAGUCCAACGCUAAGCUCAUACGAAGACCGGUCGCUAUACACAACAUGGCAGGUCACGUUUGAUCUAAUACGAAAGCAGAAUGCGGCGUCAGCCCAGUUGCUCAAGCUGUGGGCCUAUUUCGAUAAGCAAGACAUGUGGUUUGAACUUAUUCGACAUGCACGCUCCACGGACGAUGAGUGGAUACAGAAGCUCACUCAGAACAAAGUAAGCUUCAAUGAGGCAGUGCGAUUGCUUUGCGAAUACGGCCUGGCUCACCCAGAGCCUUCCCUUGGCCAACCGUCUGGGUCCGGAGGGUACGGAGUGCAUAGCUGUGUGCACUCAUGGACGAUAUCUGUCUUGAACGGCGGGUGGGACGACGGCCUCGCGCGGCUAGCUCUGACUUGUGUAGCAUCUGAAGUUCCUAACACGGAUGUAGACAAGUGGUGGCUCCUUCAGCAGAGGCUCCUUCAACAUGUGGCAAGACAUAGAUGGUUUAUCAUGAACAGUAAUAUGGAUUUUGGGGGCAUGGAAUGGACAUUGCACAAACUAGGCAUGCUAUACGCCGCCCAAGGCAAGCUGGCGGAGGCAGAGGCCAUGUACAGUCGG